AUGUGUUUGGGGCUGGUGGCAUUGCUGGGGUUUGUCGAAGUUACCUGUGUGUAUAUUAGAGAGUUGUGCAAUGUGGGCUUCCGGAGGAGGACCAAAAAAGUUAGAUCAUCAAUUCGUGAUCGUAAAGUCGGGGACCGUCCAGUUGUUAUACUGAAUGGGAAGGCUGACUGCGCAUCUCAUCAGCUGGCAGGUACAGGUGACAGUGAUUUUUCUACAAUAUUGGAAAACGGGCAUUUCACUCCCGUUGAUAUUCAGAAGCAGUUGCAGCAUCAUCAAGAACUGAUAGAGCAAUCAAAGAAUGAUGGGGAGGUUUCAUUCCAUCACCCUGCUAAAUUAUCACUAAUAAAGACACCACCUGAUGGUCCAGUUUCUGUAAAUAGCAAGGACCAGAAUGACCUAGUUGCCGAAGGUGGGAAAGAAGUACCCUCUCGAAGUCUACUCCAUGCUCCACUUGGGAUUCCAUUCUUUUCUGUUAGUGUUGGUGGGGCCCGAAAGACUUUGCCUUUGAUGAGCAGUGUUAGAUCUGCUACCUCACUUGAUAGUGGUAGACUGUAUGAUAUUGAGACGUUAAGGGAACGUAUGCAGCAGAUUGCUACAACACAUGGUCUUGAAGGGGUGUCAGUGGACUCUGCUAAUUUGUUAAACAAUGGUCUGGAUAUUUACUUGAAGGGUUUAAUCAGGUCGUGCAUGGAAAUGGUAGGUGCAAGAUAUGGCCAUGACAUGACGAAGAACAGUUCCAACAAGCAGCAGUCUGGUGGGAAGCUUGCAAAUGGUGUGUGGCCAGGUCAUCAUUAUCAGAUUCAAAGUAGCUGUAGGCCUUUGGAGGGCAUGCAAGAAGGGAGAUCCUGUUCCCCAGUAUCGUUGCUUGAUUUUAAGGUUGCAAUGGAACUAAACCCACAGCAGCUUGGAGAAGACUGGCCAUUGCUGCUGGAGAAGAUAUCUACGCAUCCAUUUGAGGAAUAA